AUCUGCUCACCGAUGGUAUUUAAAUAGGCGCGCAUAAGUUUAUCGAGCGCAAUUCACUAGUAGCUUCAAGUUAAGUUUAACCGCGAAGCCGCGUAGCAACACAUCCAAGAUGCAGUAUGUUAUUCUACUAACCGUUUUAGUUGUAUCAGUUAACGCUGCGCCGACGAUGCCAAAGAAUCUCAUACAUUUAUUUUCCGAUACAAAUCUUGGUGAAUUUGGAGAAUUCUUCGAAGGUGAUAUGAUUCUCACUAAGGAACAAAAGCUUGCUGUCACGGCCGCUAUGGAAGGGCGCAAUGGAUUGAAGGGAGGCGCGAAGCGGUGGCCUAACCGUACAGUCGUUUAUCACAUUGAAGAGGAUGAUUUUGAUGAGGAUCAAGUGAAGAUAAUUGAGACUGGAAUGGCGGAUAUUGCAAACAAAUCUUGCCUUAAAUUUGUAAAAAGGGAACAUGAUGAACAUGCAGUUGUUAUACAGGGUUCCGCAAACGGUUGUUUUUCAAAUGUUGGAUUAAGUGUCGACGACGAGGAUGGCGAAGUAAAUCAAGUGUUGAACUUAGCUAAAGGCUGCUUCAGACAUGGGACGGUUGUACAUGAGAUGCUUCAUACAAUCGGCUUUUAUCACAUGCAAAGCACUUAUGAUCGUGAUGAUUACGUGAAAAUUGUUUGGGAAAAUAUACGAGCUGGUACUGAACACAAUUUUGCUAAAUACAACAAUGACACCGUGACGGAUUUCGGAGUGCCCUAUGAUUACGGCAGCGUUAUGCAUUAUCCGGAGACAGCGUUUAGCAAAAAUGGAAAUAAAACAAUUAUCCCCUUACAGGAGAACGUGACAAUAGGGCAAAGAGACGGUUUGUCAGAGAGCGAUAUUAUCAAAUUGAAUAAAAUGUACUGCGAAGACUCUGAAGAAAAUUCCAAAGAUGUAAUGUAGUUAACAUUGUAAAACGAAAAUAAUAUUAUCAUUAUUGAGUUUAUUUCGUUAGCCUAAAAAAAAUAUUCUUUAGAAUCUAAUUUUACCACUACUGAAUAAAAUUUCGAUUCAAAUGCACGUUGCAUUUCUCGAAAAUAAAAAUUACGGUUUUUAAUGUACUACUUUAAA